AUGUAUCACAUUUAUCGCUACUACGGUUCUCCUACCUCCAUACUCUCAGAUCGAGGCACGCAAUUCGUCAAUAAGUUCUGGAAAGAGCUCUCGACCAUACUUGGUAUCACCCUGGUACAUUCCUCCACAGACCACCCUCAAACCGAUGGUCAAACAGAGAUAUACAACCAGUACUUACAGCGACGCUUACGCCCCUACGUCAGCUACUACCAAGAUGAUUGGUCACGUUUUCUACCAUUUAUGGAUUACGCACAACUGACGUUGCCCCACGAUUCUUUGGGUCAAAUGACUCCUUUCGAAGUCCUCUACGGAUACCCUCCUCGUGUCGAAUGGGACUGGAAAGAACACAAUUCUGAUCCCCUCGACAAAAUCAAUAUUCAGGAAGCCCGUGAAUUCGCUACUCGUGCACAUGGUGCAUGGGAAUUUGCCCGCAAUCAAAUCCAACACGCUCAAGAUCGAAUGGCCCAACAACACAACAAACACCGCCGUGAACCUGACUUCAAAGUAGGUGACAUGGUGUGGUUGGACUCUCGAUACUACAAAACUCAGCGGCCCUCCCGCAAGCUCGACUUUCCCAUCACUGGCAAGUACGAGAUUGUAGAGAAAAUUGGACAGUCGUACCGACUUGCACUCCCGGCAACAAUGCGUAUAUUCGAUGUGUUUCCUCCCGAAAAACUCCGCCUCGCACCGGAAGACCCACUCCCAGGACAAAUUAACCCUCCGCCAUACCCCGUGAAUAUCACUGGCGAAGAAGAAUGGGAAGUGGAGGAAGUAUUAGCUUCAAAGUUGCGAUACAAGAACGUUUUCUACCAGGUCUCCUGGUUAGACCACCCUCUGGAUACCACAUGCUUAUCACUUUAG